AUGAAACCACAAUACAUUCAUGUUAUCAAAUCUCUUAACCAGGAUUUUCAAAGUAAUAUUCCAUCACAAGCUACAAUUCAUCUUCGAACUGUUCGACCUAUACUAAAUCAACAAAACACCGUAUCUUCUGCUCAGUUUCUGCAGGGUUUUACAGGAGUAACUGCUGCAACACCUACUCGUAUUAUUGUAAACUCAUUACCCUCAACAUUUACUUUGACUAAUGAAACAAGAGCCGUGAAGACAAAUAGUUCAAUUGUAGCUGUACCUAUUCAUGAAACAUCGGUAAAUUCAUCAUCUUCUGUUGUUUGUGCACCAGUCAAAGGACCAAGUAAUUAUGAUAUCAUGCCAACAAAAGAUACUUGAGAACGACCAUAUAACAAUGAGAGUCUUUUAUCUGAUUCAAUCUUAACAGAAGAAGAACAAGAACAACUUUUGGAUGAUAUUAAUAAUACUUCAUUACCUGAUUUAAAUGCAACACAAACAUCAGAACAGGUAGAUGAUAGUACUACAUUAACAAUCAAUAAUGAUGAACCAAAUAAUCUUGUUCAUGGAAACGCAACUAAUUCAACAAAUGCUUCAAAUAUUGUAUCCAUUUCAAAGUCUGAUGUUCCUGCAACAAUUAGCUCCACGACAAAGAAGACUGUUAGUGCAAGAAAGAAAACCAAAUCAGAAACAAAAAGAAUUAGAUUGAAAUCGGAUAUUUUUAAAACUCGUAUAGAAUGUCAACGUGUAAUACAAAAUUAUCGUCGUAAUUUAAAUUGUAAAAAUCAACUGAUCUUAUCAAUAUUAUUAUUAUUUCAUAGUACACCGUCCAUCACUAAUCGUUCUAUUUGGUGUUUUAAAAAAAGUGGAAGAUGGUGGAGCGAAAUCGUGCCUUUAAUGUCCAACCAACAAUUUAAGGAGAAUUUUAGAAUAGAACGAUCAACUUUCUCGUCAUUACUUCAACAAAUUAGACCAUAUAUGGAAAAAUUAGAUACGAAUUAUAGAGCAGCUAUACCAAUCGAGAAAAGACUUGCAUGUGCACUUUAUGCACUUGGAUCGUCGAGUGAAUUUAGAACAAUUGGCCAUCUAUUUGGUAUUGGCAAGAGCACUGCUCGUGAAAUUUUUCACGAAUUUUGUUCUAUUUUAGUUGACAAAUUUUUUCAUCGAUUUAUCAAAUUCCCAACAACAGAUGCUGAAAUUAAAGAAACGAUCGACGGCUUUUUAAUUAAAUGUGGUUAUCCUUUAUGUCUUGGAGCGGUAGAUGGUACACAUAUUGCUAUUAAGCCGCCACUUGGUUUUGAAUGCGAUUAUUUUAAUUACAAGAAGUAUCACUCGAUAAUUAUGCUCGCUACUGUAAAUUCUAAUUUAUUAUUUACGUAUGUCAACAUAGGAGCGCCAGGACGUUGCAAUGAUUCAUCAAUUUAUAAUAACUGUAGUUUAUCUAAUGUUAUUCAACAUCCAAUAUAUCAAAAUCAUUUCAUGAUGAUAAACAAUGUUAUGGUGCACAGUCAUCUUAUUGCUGAUUCGGCAUUUGCCCUUAGUUCCAAUUUAAUGAAGCCAUUUAGCGAUAGACUAAACAUGCCCAAGACCCAGACAUUAUUUAACUAUCGUUUAAGUCGAGCUCGUUGUUCAAUAGAAAGAGCUUUCGGCUCACUUAAAAAUCGGUUUAGGUUACUUCAUCGCAAAUUAGAACAUGAUUUAAAUAAUGUUAUAAAUAUUGUUAAAGCUGCAACUAUCAUCCACAAUUUAUGCAUUUAUCAUGGUGAUAGUGUAGAAGUAGAUUGGGAAACAUUACCAGUUAUACAUAAGAAACUUUCAUCUAAUGUUCAUACGAAUCGUGGUAUUGAUACUCGAGAAGCACUAACAGAGUUUUUUGUACAAAAUCCUUUGUAA